AUGUCAGAGAACAAGACGACAGUGAAGGUCGGCAUCAUGUCGGCCGAAGACGGCAGCAUCAAGGUCGUCGUCUUCUCCGCGCCGAAUCUGCCUCCGCUCCUCGGAGCCAAGGCGGCGAGCGGCGCCAAGAACGCACCCGUUGAGGACGUCACCGUGGCCGAGUCCGGCGCGGAGGUCCCCCUCGACGAGAGCAUCCUCAAGAAUGACCUGGCCGCGGAAGAGGCGACCGCCGCGGACACGGUCGACUCGGACCGGGCCAAGGGCGACGCCGACUGGAACGUCUCGACCGAGAAGUUUUCAGUGGAGAAGCCCACCCCGGCGGGCAUCGACGAGUGGAAGAUCCCCUCCCCGCUCCGCAAGAUCGAGCGCAAGGGCGAGUCCAACCUGGUCGACCGCUCCAAGAUGACCACCAAGAGCCUCACCCCGAUCGGCCGCGUCGACCCCAACGGCUUCGCGGCCAUGCUCGGAACGGACGUCGACGAGGAAGACCUCGCUGGCGUCGGCUCCGGCAACGCGUUCGUCGACGAGGAAGACCUCGCUGGCGUCGGCUCCGGCAACGCGUCUGUCGACGACGCCCCGCCGUCGUCGACGACGCCCUCGGAGACGGAGCCGGCCUCGACGCGCUCCGGCUUCCGCUUGCGCUUCGGCAAGUUCUGUUCGACCAACCUGUGUUCGACCAACCUGCUGUGCAUCUUCUUCUCCGUGGUCAUCGGUCUGGGCUGCUCGGCCUUUGCUCUGUCCUCGUACGGCUCUGGCGGCGUCUCCGAGCUCCUCGAGUCGGUUCUCGACCUCUCCAACACCACGCCAGAGAACGAGUUUAGCCCAACGGUGCGCGGAACGGCGUUUGCAUCGUCUGCGGCGCUCCCGACCGAGACUGAGACUGCGUGCGGCGCCCUCGUUGCUCCGUUCAACCCUGCGCCCGACCCCCUGCCCGACCCCGUGGUGCCGGGCGCUUCUCACCUCGACCUUGCCAAAAUGUUCUGGUUCUUCGGACCCGCCUUGCUCCUGACCGAUCUCCUUCCAGGAGCGAAGGCGCAGCCGUCAUCUCCACCCGCCACGCCGUGGCCCUUCUUGCUCGCUUUUGUCGCCGGAAAGUGCAUCGACGAUAUCCACAUGGUGCGCUCCGCAGACGCUUGCUUGGAGCUCGGUGGCAGUUUCACCAGCUCGACUGGUGCUGUGACCGACUACGCCACGAUCGUGAACAUGUACAGCAGCGGCUCUGGCGUCGCGAUCUCGAGCAAGCUCGGCCUUGGUGGGGAGAGCCACGACGGCUGGAAUCUGUCCCCACCGCUGAAGGACGUUGCAGGAGGCCCCUUCAUCAAGGUCAAGAGCGGUUUCACUUUUGAGCUCGCACUGCCAGGCACCGAUGUCUGGAGGACCACGGAGUCACAAUAC